AUGGAAUCAAGCCGGUCACAGGACCCGACCUUUCAAGGCCGUUGGGACGGACAACAGCUGACACUGGCACCACCAGCGUCACGGGAAGAACUGCGCGUCUCGGCAGAACGAUGGGCGUCGUGGACCACCCACAUCUACGGCACGAACGGGCGCGCACGCAAGAGAAAGCGGCCAUCCAAAGCUUCCCGUAAGCAGUCGAACCCAGGAAGCUCGAAUACCUCCACAAAGAAUACUGUAAAAGGCAGCGUAAAAACACCUGCUAAGGACCAGGCUGUCAAUAUGGGCCGUUAUCUGAUCUCACCUCCGAAUAUGGGGCGCUAUCCGGUCACGCCUCCCCACAGGAGAGCGAGUGUGACCGCAGGGGGCAACGCGGCAAACUCAGCGAACCAAACAAAUCUGAAGGUAGAUGUUGACCGCGGACAUUGGUCUGCACGUGGUCAGACUCGAGUCAAGAAGACCGAUACCAGCAUGACGGAAGAAGAGCGUGUCUUGCAAGAUGGGGAUAAUGACGAGCGUCAUAGUCCAAUCAAGCGACGUAAGAAGAAUCACAAGUGA